UCCCAAAUUAAAAUAAAUAAACCCUUGCCUCCGCCAUAUCACAAAAGCUCCGUCACAUGUCUCAGACUCGCCGCCAGUAUCAUCGCCAAGUCUUAAACUCACUCCAUCGAAUUCGAAAAUUGAGCGAACUUCCCGGCGAAAUUUUCUGAUUAGGGGUUUCGUAACCGAAUCCAUCCGCCGGAAUCUGAGAUGGCUGAGGAUAAUAAAAAGAAGAAGAAGAGUGAUGACGUUAGGGUUGAUCCUGGAGGAACCGUUGAAGAAGUAGUUUCCGAGCACAGUUCUACGAAGAAGGAGAAGAAGAACAAGAAGAAAAAUCGAGAGAUUAAGGAUGAUUCUGCUGGAGAAGAUGGGGAGCGUGAAAGUGAGAAAUUGGGUGAAGACGCUCUUGUUAAGAAGAUCAAAUCGAAAAAGCAAGUGAUUGAUUCUGAAGCUGAGGAUGGUGUGGAGAAGAAGAAGAAGAAGAAGAAGAAGAAGAAGAAGAAGAAGAAGAAGAAGAAGAAGAAGAGUAAGAAAGAAUCUGGGAGUGAUGUGUUAGGAAACAGUGAAAGCUCCAAAGUUUGUGUUAAGAGAAAGCGGGAGGAUUGUGAUUUGGGAGCUGAAGAAUACACAGACAAGGAGGUGAAGAGGAAGAGCAAGAAGAAGAAACCAAGUGUUGAUUCAGAGACGAGCUUGAACUCUACAAAUGAUGCCAAGAGAAGUUUCAUGGAGGCAAACACAAGUGUGGAUCCAGAGGAUGAUAACAAGGACUCUACGAAACUUGCAAAGAAGGAUAGGAAGAAGAAGGAGAAACAACAAAUUGUGGAUUCUGAAGUUGAAGAUAACAAGUUGAUCAACUCUACUAAUGAUGCAAGAAAGAAAAGCAAGGAGAAAGACGCAAAGAAGAUACAAAAUGUGGAUUCAGAGGCCGAGGAAAACGACUUGAACUCUGCGAAAGAUGCAAAGAAGAAAAGGAAGAAGAAGAAGAAGCAAAGUGACGUUUCAGAGGCUGAAGAAAACAACAAUGAUGGCAAAGAUGCAAAGAAGAAAAGGAAGAAGAAGCAAAGUGAAGUUUCAGAGGCUGAAGAAAACAACAAUGAUGCAAAGAAGAAAAGGAAGAAGAAGAAGCAAGAGCGUGGUCAGGGUGAUAAAGAUGUGACCACACCAUCAAGUAAAAGCACAAAAAGGGUGACAUUUUCUGACCAAGUGGAGUUUUUCCCUGCUGAGGACGAAGAAUCGGAGGAAGAUGAAGCAGAGGUUAAGCUGGUGAGAGGUAAGCGAUUUACAAAAGAAGAAGAUGAGUUAGUAAAGAAGGCUGUAUUAGAAUACGUUGAUAACCAUGCUUUAGGAGAUGAUGGGGUAAAGAUGGUUAUGGAAUGCAAGUCACACAAACAACUUAAAGGCUGUUGGAAAGAAAUUGCAUCUGCUUUACCUUGGAGGGCAUAUGAUAGUGUUUAUCAUCGUGCACAUACUAUAUUUGAAGAAGGAUCCAAGGGUGUAUGGACGCAGGAGGAUUUGGAACUCGUUAUAGAGUUUCAAAAGAAACAUGGGAAUGAUUGGAGAACACUUGCAGAUGCGUUGGGUAAAGACAGGAAGCAUGUGAAAGAUGCUUGGAGGAGAAUAAGAUUGGCAUCCAAGAAGAAAGGUCAUUGGACGAGGGAGGAGUAUCAAAAUCUCUUUGAUCUUGUGAACAAAGACAUCAGGAUGAAAGCGUUCCAAGAAAAGCACUCAAAACAUGGUAUGCUCAAAGACAACAUCCCUUGGAUGGCUAUAAGCGACGUACUUGGAACACGAGACCACGUGACUUGCUGCACUAAAUGGUAUGAUCAGUUGACAUCACCAAUGGUAGCAAAGGGAACAUGGGCUAACGUAGAUGACUAUAGACUCCUGGAAGAGCUUUUGAAAUUGGAUGCUGCUUGUAUCGACGAUGUGGAUUGGGAUUAUCUUUUGGAGAAUCGAGAUGGGGAAGCUUGUAGAAAACGGUGGAACCAGAUGGUCCUUCAUAUUGGUAUACCGAAAUCGAAAACAUUUUUAGAACAAGUUGAGAUUUUGUCUGAAAGGUAUCGUCCUGACAUAGCUGAGGACAGAGAGGAUUUUGACAACAGACCAUAUGAUCCUGAAGAUUAAGUCUGGAACCAUACAUUAGAUGUUUUCUUGGUACUUCUGUUUUGUUUGAUAAAAUGUAUUGGUACUUUCUCUGUGUUCGCGGAUAGAAACUCUGAGAAUGCAUUUGAUUUUAGCAUCUCCAAGACCGAAGAACUUAUUGAAGCAAGUCCAGGCUAAGCUAAGCUAAGCCUCAGAUACUACUUGACGAGGCAUUUUUAAGUUGGCUUGUAUUUGAUGAAUGCUAAUAGUGUUUGCUACGUUAUUAACACACUAUGCUUCGGUCUC